CUUAUAUAAUAUCUAGAGGAUAGAGAGAUAUUUGUAUAUGUGUUUAAUUUGGGUUCAAUCAAUAUAUCUUACAGCUAGCAUUGCAUGCAAUUAAUAUAUAAGCUUCGAAAACGUAUAGGUUAAUUAGCUCUUGUCUGUAUUUGUAAAUAAGAAGACUUUAUUAUAUAUGUAUUGAAUUUUAUUAUUAUGUAUUUUAUAUAAACUUCAUUGUAUUAAGUAAUAAUAUUAUUAUUACUAACAUGGUGAGAGUAUUAGUAAAGAAAAGUAGUUUGAAUGUGAAGAAAGGUGCAUGGAGUAGAGAAGAAGACAUUGUUCUUAGGGAAUGCAUAGACAAAUAUGGUGAAGGAAAAUGGCAUCUUGUUCCUCUUAGAGCUGGAUUGAGUAGAUGUAGGAAGAGUUGUAGAUUGAGGUGGUUGAACUAUUUGAAGCCUGAUAUUAAACGUGGAGAAUUUGAGGAGGACGAAGUUGAUUUACUUCUCAGACUUCAUAAACUUUUAGGCAACAGAUGGUCAUUGAUUGCCGGUAGAAUCCCAGGAAGAACAGCUAAUGAUGUGAAAAAUUAUUGGAAUACUCAUCAGAGAAAAAAGAUGGUUAUUAAUAUUGAUAUUCAUCAAAGUAGUAAACUCAAUAAUAAUAAUAAUAACCAUGAUAAAGCAUGGUCCAACAUGGUAACAAAGCCUCGUCCAACUCGAAUCAUCAGAGGCCAAUUAUCAGCCAUGAUGAAUAAUAAUAAACAACCUGUUAUAGAUCAUGACCAAACAAGUAAUAAGAAUUAUUCUUGGAGGGAAUUAUUAAACAACAAUAUCACAGAACAUGGUGACCAAAUAAUUCAAGGAUAUAUAGAGAAACCCAUAAUAAAUAGUGGUUUGGCUAAUCAUGAUCAUGUAGUUUCAGAAUGCAAUGAUUAUUAUUUCAGGGGCAAUAGUACAAGUGAUGAUCAAUUUGUCAAUAAUGAUCAUGACUACCACAAUUUUUUGACAGACUUCAACAUUAAUGACAUCGACAUUCACCUUUGGGACCUUUGAAUUAUUAAUUACUAUAGCUAGCUAUAUAUAUAAAUAUAUAUAUAUAUACAUGUGUGUUUUAUAAUUUAUAAAUCAUAAACUAAUAAUUAUAUGAAUGAAUAAAAUUAAGUUAUUGUAAUAUUUUGUCAUUAAUUUUGAUGUAGUAUGUAAGGACGACUAUUUUCAUAUUAAUAUGAAAAUUAUUAUUAUUAUUAUAAAUGUUUUGAAGGUUCAAGAU